UUUAAGCUUGAAAAAAAGAACACAAGACGCUCCACAACAGAAAUUUGGGGAACCUGUGAAACUUGCAGAACUAUGAUUCCUUCACAGCCACCACCGGACCUGAACGAGACCGAUUGGAUCGUCCAAGUCAAUGAGAGCGUCAGGCGCAUGCCCACCAAAUCCGACGAGGGACGGUACUGGGAGAAGCGGUCCAUCUACAGGGUCCCCGCCUGCAUCACCGACCUCAACCGCAAGGCCUACUGGCCGCAGGCUGUCUCCUUUGGUCCUUACCACCACGGCAAGGACGACCUCCUCCCCAUGGAAGAGCACAAGCACCGCGCGCUCGUCCACUUUCUUUGGCGGUCUAGGAAGCAAGUCGAGCCCUUCCUCGAGUCUCUGAGAGAGGUGGAGCAGGACCUCAAGGACAGCUACCACAAGCUUGACCCGAAGUGGGAGGAGAGUGGCAGCGAGGGUGCGGCGGGCCCGUUCCUGCAGUUGAUGAUCACUGACGGCUGCUUCAUGCUUGAGAUCCUAAGGAGCUGGAUGCUCCCGCCGCAAGACUACCCACUGAACGACCCCAUCUUUAGUGAACAGGGGCAUUUCUACGUACUGCCAUACAUAAAGCGGGACAUGUUGAUGCUGGAGAAUCAGCUGCCGAUGCUAGUGCUGGAACGGCUGGUCGCCGUCGAGAGUGAUGGCGAAGAGGUUAGUUCCUUAGCUUUCGUUGUGUCAUAA